AAAAAACAAAAACAACUCUAAUGCAUCACAAUGGAACUUUUUUAUUAAAAGAAACAAGACAACAAUACUAUCCAAUUCAUUCCCUCUUUUCCUCUCUUUCUCAAAACACAAUCAUUUUCUACCAAAAAUACUCACAUGCCAUUUCACCAAAAAUAAUGUCACCACACCUCCGCCUCCCAACCACCCUCCUCCUCCUCACCCUCCUCUUCUCCUCGCCGUCCGUACACUUUCCGGCCAAAGCCAAUACCUUAACUCUCCCGAAAUUUCAGGAAGCACCCUCGUUCCGAAACGGAGCCGAAUGUCCCAAAACCAACACCGACCCAUCUUCACACACUAUCCAUAUUUCCAUGACUCUUGACGCUACUUAUCUCCGGGGCUCAGUCGCCGGAGUUCUGUCGGUGCUUAAGCACGCAACUUGCCCGGAAAAUAUCGUUUUCCAUUUUCUUGCAGCCCACCGGCGAUCGGAACUUCAGCACACCAUUCUUGCCACAUUCCCGUAUCUCAAAUUCCGAAUAUAUCAUUUCGAUACGAAUCUUGUGAACAACAAGAUUUCGUCGUCGAUUCGUCGAGCACUCGAUCAGCCUCUGAACUACGCAAGAAUUUACCUCGCUGAACUUUUACCCACCACAGUAAAAAGAAUUAUUUACUUCGAUUCUGAUCUCAUUGUAGUCGAUGAUAUCGAGAAGCUCUGGAACAUAAAUCUGAAUUCUAGGGUUCUUGGUGCCCCAGAAUAUUGCCAUGCAAAUUUCACAAACUAUUUCACCACAAGGUUCUGGCAAAACCCAGUUUUUGCAGGGACUUUUAGGUCAAGAAAGGCGUGUUAUUUCAACACGGGGGUGAUGGUGAUUGACUUGGUGAAGUGGAGGAGAGAAAAGUACACUGAGAAGCUGGAGAAUUGGAUGAGGAUUCAGAAGAGGUAUAGGAUCUAUGAGCUGGGCUCAUUGCCACCUUUUUUGCUUGUGUUUGCAGGGAAUGUGGAGGGAGUUGAGCACAGAUGGAACCAACAUGGUCUUGGUGGAGACAAUUUGCAGGGCUUGUGUAGAGAUCUGCAUCCUGGUUCAGUUAGUUUGUUGCAUUGGAGUGGGAAGGGGAAGCCAUGGUUGAGAUUGGAUUCCAAGAAGGCUUGUCCGUUGGAUGGGUUGUGGGCCCCUUAUGAUUUGUACAAGCAUGAGUCUUUGUACUCAGAUAGUUGAUGUAGAGGAUUAGAGCUUUGUGUAGUAAUAAUAAUUGAUGGUAGACCAUAGACAGCCUGGCAUUUGGCAAGAAUGAAGAAAGGGUUUGGUUGGGUGGGGGGAGGUGUUUGGGGGUACUGUGGGGGUGUGUGAUAUCAGCCGUUUGAUUAAAAUGGUAGUGUUUGAUGAUGAUGAUGGUGAUAUCUGGAUUUUGGAUUUGUUGUAUAAUGGUUGUUUUGUGUUUGGUUUGAUGGGGGCUUGGAGUCACCAUCAACUUUAGCUUAAUUUGUUGUUAUGUCUUUCAAAUUUAUAUUCCUUAUGUUCAUAUAUUGAUUGUUUCUUUGAUGUUGA